GCACCGAGCAGCAGCAGCCGCCGCCGCGGGCAGCGGGAGCAGCAGCGGCCGGAGGCCGGCGGGCAGCGGGGCCGCCUCCUCGCCGAGGGUCGCCCGCUCGCCCUCCCGGGCCAUGGGCAGCCCCUGACCCCGCCGCAGCACCGAUCCAAAAUGACGGUCAAAGCUGUAAAGAUGCCGUGCACCUCUGCAAACGUUUAUACUAAAGUGCCUGACGGAGGAUGGGGCUGGACGGUCGCCUUUGCGUUCUUUGUUGUGGAAGCCCUGACAUACGGCAUCAUAAAAUCCUUUGGAGUCUUCUUCAACGACCUGAUGGAAAGCUUUGAUGAAACCAACAGCAGGAUAUCCUGGAUAAUAUCCAUAUGUGUGUUUGUACAGACCUUCACAGCUCCUCUGUCGACGGUCCUGAGCAACCGCUUUGGCCACCGGCUGGUGGUGAUGGCCGGGGGGCUGCUGGUCAGCGCUGGCAUGGUCAUCGCCUCCUUCGCCCACAGCGUGGUGCACAUGUACGUCACCAUCGGCAUCGUCUCCGGCCUCGGAUACUGCCUCUCCUUCCUCCCGACUGUCACCAUUUUAUCACAGUAUUUUGACAAAAGGCGCUCGCUGGUCACAGCGGUGGCAUCCACAGGGGAAUGUUUCGCCGUCUUCUCCUUCGCACCAGCAAUCACGGCCCUGAAGGAGCAGAUUGGCUGGAGGUACAGCAUGCUUUCUGUCGGGGUGCUGCAGCUGGGCAUCACGGCCUGCGGCUCGCUGCUGCGCCCCAUCGUCAUCAGAGAGCAGCCAGAAGUGAAAGCACAGCCUCCAGAGGAGUCCACAGAGACAAAGUACAUGCUUGAAAACGAACAAACAUGCACCUCAAUAGAGUCCAUAGACUCAGGAGUCGAUAUAACUACCUCACCCAGCAAUGUGCCUGGAAAAACCAAAGCAGAGCCGAAAAGUGAAGAACCAAAGCAACACGGACAGAACCCCGUUGACAAUAACAGCACCCCUCCAGAACCAAAAACCAAACUACUGGACUUCUCUGUGAUGAGAGACUAUAGCUUUAUCUGUUAUGCAUUCUUUGGCCUGUUUGCAACCCUGGGCUUCUUCGCUCCCUCCCUCUACAUCAUCCCCCUGAGCCGCAGCCUGGGCAUCAGCAAGGACCACUCUGCCUACAUCCUGUCGGCCAUGGCCAUCGCCGAGGUCUUCGGGAGGAUUUUUGCAGGCUGGCUCCUCAACAAGAAGCCCAUCCGCAAGAUCUACAUCGAGCUCAUCUGCGUCAUCCUGCUGUCUGUAGCCUUGGUUGCCUUCCCUUUUGCCUCUGGAUUCUGGGGCUUGAUGAUAUGUAGCGUUUAUUUUGGGUUCAUGCUCGGCACGGUGGCGGGCACACAUAUUCCCCUCCUGGCUGAAGACGACGUGGUUGGCAUUGAGAGGAUGUCCUCUGCAGCUGGAGUCUAUGUCUUCAUUCAAAGCUUAGCUGGGUUGGCUGGACCACCCCUCGCAGGUGUCUUAGUGGAUACGACAAAGAACUACAGCUCAGCCUUCUACUCCUGUGCUGCUGGCAUGGUCCUGGGGGCCGUGUUCCUGGCCCUGGUGAGGCCGUGCAAGACUGGGCUCUGCCACCACCACCAGCAGCAGCAGCAACAGCAGCAGCAGGUGGAGGAGAGCCUGGCAGGGCCACCACCAGAACUACCAGAUGACUUUAUAGACAUGGAUAUUGGAAAAGCAGAAAAUUCAGGAAAAGGCUCUGACAGCGUGGUAUAAAAAGCCCUGUUCCUUCUCCAUCUAAUGUACUCGGUGUAAGGCUGGGGGAAAUGUCAGCUCUGCUCCACGUUUUAAAACUCCAUUCUAAAGGGAAUGUGAAAUUUUAAAUGUGAACAGUUGCUACCGACAAUUUUUUUUUUAAAUAUUAGACAGAAUUUUUUUAACCAACAAUGGAAAGCUCCAUAGAAAAUACGGAUAGUCACAUAAGAAUAACUUCUGUCUAGCAUGAAGAUGUGAUGCACACUUGCUUUCCUGAUAACAAGCAUAGGUAAAAGUCCAACUGAUCCAUAAAUACUGACAACAGCAACAGCAGAAGCAGCUCAGCCUCUGACUGUCACCCAUCCCUUACCACAAAUUCCACUCAGACCUGAUGAUACGAACUGGAGCAUUUCAUACACCACCAGUAGCCAACUGAAUCUUCUUCUGGAGGGACACAGACUCACCUUUUAGCUUGGAGGAGGAGGAGGCCAGGCUAGAUAGCUGACAAUUAGAAACCAUUGCUAAUGAUCUUAACUUGAAUGUCACAUAAUGCUGGGAAAUCAAAGGCUCCGUGUGUCUUCAUGGCCAGUUCUUACUGCACAUAUUUCAUAAGAUCAUUUUUCUUCUCCCAACUGGGAUCCUUAGAACUGUUUUCUGUUGAUAGUCAGACCUGAUGUACUGUUUCUAAUUUAACUAGUAUUUAUUAAUUUAUUCUGAGAUUGUUAAAGGAGGUUAGCUUAAAUAACUGGAGAGGAAAAAUGAUCUUCUGCAUAACGGAAAGCUGUCUUUACAUCAAUCUCUCCAAUGCCUAUCUUGUAUUGCUUGUGAAAUUGUUGGGAAAAUUACUCUUACAGCAUAAAGUGUAGCUGUUUUUAAUAGGUAAGUCUUAAGUAACCCAGUUAUUU